AGUUCUUUUGGAGCACGUCAUGGCUCUCCCCCAUGCAUGGCUCCUCCUCCACCAUUAGGGUCAGGUUGUUGCUUACUUGUGGAAUAAUCCUACACCUUCUUCCUCCUCCAUCUCUGAUGUGUAACCUAUGUAUAAAUUGCCCCGAGACGAAGAGCUCCAGCGCACACGGUUUUAAGGAUCUUGUUCAUUGCAUUCUCUCUCACACGGGCGGUCGACGAUGCCGGCGCCCCUGCACCUCGUCUUCGUGCCCUUCCUCGCGCGCAGCCACUUCGCCCCGCUGGCGGCCGCCGCGGCGGCCGCUUGCGGCGAUGGCACCACCGGCGCCACCAUCCUCACCACGCCGCACUUCGCGGCCCUCGCGCCUCCCUCCGUGCCGGUCCGCGCCGCGCCGUUCAGCAUCCCCGGAGGGCACGAGGACUUCUCCCUGCUCCCGGACGAAUCCUCCGCGCCGGCCUUCUUCUUCGCCGCGGAGGCCGCCCUGGCGCCGGCGCUCGCGGCGGCCGUACGCGCCCACGCAGGCGCCGUGGCCGUUGUCUCGGACGCCGUGCUCCACUGGGCGCCCCGCGUCGCCCGCGAGUGCGGCGUCCCGCACGUCACGUUCCACACCAUCGGCGCCUUCGCCGCGGCCUCCAUGGUCGCCGUCCACCUCCACCGCCCCGACGUCUUGGAGGACCCCGUCGCUGUCCCCGGCGGCUUCCCGGUCCCCGUGGAGCUCCGCAGGGUCCAUGUCAACGAGGAGGCUCUGGCGCAUCUCCCGUUGUUCCGCGCGGCCGAGGCCGGGAGCUGCGCCGUCGCCUUCAACAGCUUCUCGGCGCUCGAGGCUGAUUUUGCCGAGUACUACCGGAACGUGGAUGGCUCUCCCAAGAAAGUGUUCCUGGUUGGUCCCAGGCGGGCCACCCCCGGCGUCGCCAGCAGCGACGUCGCCGUCACCGGCGGCGCAGAGCGCGACCCCAUCCUGCGGUGGCUCGACGGCCAGGAGGCCGGGUCCGUGGUGUACGCCUGCUUCGGCAGCACGUGCGGUCUGAGCGCGGAGCAGCUCAGGGAGCUGGGCGCUGGACUGCGCGCGUCCGGCACGCCGUUCCUCUGGGUGAUCCCGGCGGCGACGGAGGGCACGGAGCAGCACGACGAGCGCGCGUCCGGCCACGGCAUGGUGGUGGCCGGGCGAUGGGCGCCGCAGGCGGAGAUCCUGGCGCACCGCGCGGUGGGCGGCUUCCUGAGCCACUGCGGCUGGAACUCGGUGCUGGACGCCGUGUGCGCCGGGGUGCCCCUCGCGACGUGGCCGCUCCGCGCCGAGCAGUUCCUGAACGAGGCGCUCCUCGUGGACGUGCUCCGCGUGGGCGUGCGGGUGCGGGAGGUGGGCAGCAAGGCGGACGUGGAGGCGGUGGUGCCGGCCGCCGCGGUGGCCAGCGCGGUGGGGAAGCUGAUGGACGGCGGUGCGGACGAAGCCGCGGCUAGGAUGGCGAGGGUGCGGGAGCUCGGCGUCGCGGGUCGCGCCGCGGUGGCGGAAGGAGGGUCGUCGUGCAGUGACUGGGCACGGCUUGUAGAUGAGCUCAAGGCGUUACACGGCCACAGCAACGAUGCAUAAGCUGCGGCGAAAAUAAGCCUAGGAGAAGCUACGAUGGAAAUAAGCUCAUAAAAAUAACUCAUCCGUUUUUUUUGUCAUUUUAGCUUAUUUUCUGAUAUGGAGUUAUUUGAUAGUGUUUUAUCACACAUAUGAACAUCAUAUUGAUUGUUAUGAUAUCUUAGUUACGAACACCAUUGUCUUGCAUACGAGUAUCACAAAGUGUUAAAUACCAUUACGAUACCCAUGUUUAUACCA